AUGUGGGAACAUGCUGGACUUGCACAGCUGCUGACUUUCACGCCCUUGUACAACGCUUUGCCUGUCCAUUUUUAUCGAUUGCCUUCUCGCCGCCACCUCGUAGGGUAAGCAUGCACAUGAUGCUGGGAUGAAGAACCCUGUCGAGACGAGUCACUAAUCGCACUAGUCUGCCUUCGUAGUACCGCAUCGGCAAGAAGAUUGGCUCAGGUUCGUUCGGUGACAUCUACCUUGGCAUCAACAUUAUCAGCGGAGAGGAGGUGGCCAUCAAGCUUGAAAGCAUCAAGGCCAAGCACCCCCAACUCGAGUAUGAAGCCAAGGUCUACAAGACACUGGCUGGAGGUGUUGGCGUGCCUUUCGUGAGAUGGUACGGCCAGGAGUGCGACUACAACGCCAUGGUCAUCGACCUGCUGGGACCUUCUCUCGAAGAUCUGUUCAACUUCUGCAACCGCAAAUUUUCGCUCAAGACCGUCUUGCUGCUGGCAGAUCAAAUGGUGAGUGGAGUCAAAGCUUGCGUGCUGGGGUUUGCCCAUAGGACGUAAGGAUUACAUGUUGUGUGCCGCCAAUCUUCUGACAUGCAUACUUGCAUUGCGCAUUCAGAUCUCGCGCAUCGAGUACAUCCACUCGAGGAACUUCAUCCAUCGCGACAUCAAGCCAGACAACUUCUUGAUGGGCAUUGGCAAGCGGGGCAACCAAGUCAACGUCAUUGACUUUGGAUUGGCCAAGAAGUACCGCGACCCCAAGACUCAUCUGCACAUUCCCUACCGCGAGAACAAGAACUUGACGGGCACAGCUCGUUACACGUCGAUCAACACUCACCUUGGUGUCGGUGAGUCAUGAGAAAACUCGAAGCUGUGCAGAGUGACUCACAAGUCUGCCCUGCGCUAAGCUGACACUUCCAUCACUCGCGCGAACAUGCUAUUGACCCACGUCGCCUCCCAUUGCCAACGCAGAGCAAUCUCGUCGUGAUGAUCUCGAGUCUUUGGGCUACGUCCUCAUGUACUUCCUGCGAGGCUCUCUGCCCUGGCAGGGUCUCAAGGCCGCGACGAAGAAGCAGAAGUACGAUCGCAUCAUGGAGAAGAAGAUGACGACUCCGACCGAGCUACUGUGCCGCGGCUUCCCUUCGGAGAUGGCAAUCUACUUGAACUGCUGCAGAUCUCUGCGCUUUGACGACAAGCCCGACUACUCUUACCUGCGCAAGCUGUUCCGCGAUCUUUUCGUGCGCGAGGGCUUCCAGUACGAUUACAUUUUCGACUGGUCCAUCCAGCAAAGGACUGCGGAUGAGGCGCAGAAGAUCUCUGAGCUGAAGAGCAGCGCUGCCACUGGUGCGCCCCAGCAGCAGCCCGUUCAGCAACUCCCUCGCCGCAAAGUCCUUGCUCAAGGAGAGGAAGAUGAGGCUGGCCUCAGGGACACGACUCGAGGUGCCGCAGGUUCCUACCAGCAAGCUCAGCAAGGUUCCUCGAGUCGAGUUCGACGCGAGGGCCAAGGCCAGCCUCAGCAGUGGUACUGA